AUGGAGACAUGGUGGAACCAGUCCUCUACAGAUGAUUUUAUCCUCUUGGGAAUCUUCUCCCACAGCCCCACUGAUAUUAUCCUUUUCUCUGUGGUCAUGGUAGUCUUCACAGUGGCCCUCUGGGGGAAUAUUCUCCUCAUCUUCCUCAUCUACAUUGACCCUCGACUUCAUACCCCCAUGUACUUCUUCCUCAGUCAGCUCUCCCUCAUGGACCUCAUGUUGGUCUGCACCAAUGUGCCAAAGAUGGCGGUCAACUUCCUGUCUGGCAGGAAGUCCAUCUCCUUUGUGGGCUGUGGCAUCCAAAUUGGCCUGUUUGUGUGCGUCGGGGGAUCUGAGGGUCUCUUGCUGGGACUCAUGGCUUUUGAUCGUUAUGUGGCCAUUAGCUAUCCCCUUCAUGAUCCCAUCCUCAUGAAUCAGAAGGUGUGUCUGCAGAUAGUUGGGAGCUCCUGGGCUUUUGGAGUCAUAGAUGGCUUGGUCCAAAUGGCGGUAGUAAUGACCUUUCCCUACUGUGGAGUGAGGGUGGUAAACCACUUCUUCUGUGAGAUGCUCUCCUUGUUGAAGCUGGCCUGUGUGGACACAUCCCUGUUUGAGAAGGUGAUAUUCGUUUGCUGCAUCUUCAUGCUGCUCCUUCCCUUCUCCAUCAUCGUGGCCUCCUAUGCUCGCAUCCUGGGGGCUGUGCUCCGCAUGAACUCUGCUCAGUCCCGCAAGAAGGCCCUGGCCACCUGCUCCUCCCACCUGACCGCCGUCUCCUUCUUCUAUGGGGCAGCCAUGUUUAUCUACUUAAGGCCCAGGCGAUACCGAGCUCCUAGCCAUGACAAGGUGGUCUCUAUCUUCUACACGGUCCUUACUCCUAUGCUCAACCCCCUCAUUUAUAGCUUAAGAAACCGGGAGGUGAUGGGGGCGCUGAGGAAGGGGUUGGAUCGCUGCAGGAUUGGCAGCCAGCACUGA